AGUUCGUUUUGCCUGUGCGCGGUUAGAGCAUGUAUUUAUUGGAUGAUGGUCCUGUGUGUCCAUGAUGAUGACCGCUACAGAGCAUGAACUAGUUGCUAGUGUGACAGUUUGGUCACUAGAUUAGUUUUGUUAUAAAGAAUUGUACGAUGGAUAUUAAAUAUUUUUAAUCACGAUCUAAAUAUGAUCUAACUGUGCAGUGUGUAUCAGUUCUUUGUGAAACGUCUCCAAUACUUGCAGGAGUGUCUUUAAUUGAAUGUGGAUGGUCGCUUGUACGACAAGAGACCAUUAAAAAUCAAAAAGAAGUCUUCAGUCGCCCAAGCGGUGCGAUAAUCGCCUUUUUCUAUUUAUCUGGGACUUCUAUUAUCUCGAUACAUUAUCAAUUCGCAUAGUCCAGGAGCUUGGUAGGAUCCCGUAUGCAUUAAAGAGAGUAGGAUUAGUUUCCUCUAUAGUGAUCGAGUAUAGGUAAUCGAUAACACUGCUCUGGUCAAGAAUGAAGUGGUCUCCAGGAGCUCUUUUCUGCGAGCAAGUUGGCGAACUGACUCGUGUCUUCUCACAGUGGAAUGAAUGCGAACAAACAGUUGUUCUGUACGCUCUUCUUCGUCGAAUACCAGCUGUUCAAGCCCGAUUCCUGGCACACGCUGUGCAGCACUCAUUGCACUCAGUUACGGAACUUGAUUCACAGGAAUUAAACGCAAAUAAUCCAGCUUUUGUAAAUUCGCUUCUCUCCGAGUCUACGGAAGUCGCUAUCAAUCAACUUCUCUCACAUCUUCCUCUUCUCAGACCCGGAAAUGUGGAGUGCAAACAGUGCUAUUUGGUAGCUAUUCCUGAGCUAGUUAGCCAUUGUGUUACUACUGGACAGUUCACAGAACAAACACAACAACUUCUAAGCUAUACGUUAAUUCAUCCUGCCAUUACCAGUAAUGAUAGGCGCUCUCUGACACAGUGGCUUAGACAUCUCGAGGAGAGAAUCAGCGGUACACCACCCGCUGCUCACAAUCUCGAGGAAUAUUCUAAUACUCCACCCAGAUGGGAUGCUGGUUGGCAAAGGAAUAUCAAGCAGCAAAGCGAUCAGACAAAUUUGUUCAAUUCACAACCUGGGACAAUCUUUAGCACUCAACUUCUGCCUCCAGUAACUCGUCAACGUCGAUCAAAUAGCCUGACACCUCCUUUCAUUCCUCUGCAUCAUCUGGAGGUUAUCGAUCGGAGUAAUAAUGUUAAUAAUUCUACUAGGCACAAGGCAAGAAGUUACAGUGUUUCCGGAGACCACACAACUUCUGGCUUAAUUGGUUUGGGUCCUUUGAGUCCACAAAGUUCGUGCACGAGUAGUGGAAGCGAAGGCCGUUUGGACGAAGCAUCGACCCGUCCCUUGUCAAGUGGAAUGAGAGAUGUUUCUGCAUGGUUGAAAACACUCCGCCUCCACAAGUACAGUUAUUUAUUCGCCACUCUGAACUACGACGAGAUGCUGCAACUGACGGAGGAACAAUUGGCAGAGCAAGGCGUAACAAAAGGAGCGAGGCACAAGCUGGCGCUUUCCAUUGCUAAAUUGCAACAAAGGUACACGACACUUCUGAAUUUGGAAAAAAAUCUUCUGCAAUCGGCUCGUGAUGGCACUCAAUCAUCUACAUUCGCUCAAUGUUCAUCUCUUUUGGUUCAUACUCUGGACGAAUUAAAGAUCAUCAUGACAACACCCCUCAAACCUAGCCAAGAAAAUGAUCUUCAAGACAUUCCUUCUCAGUUCACUAAGGUUAUUGGCAAAUUGUGCAGCAGACUUGCUUUGGACAGCGUUGACGAUGGAAUUAUCUGUACGUGCAUCAAUAUUUUGGAGAAAGUCUUGCAACACGACUGCUUCACACCGAAUCAAAAGGAAAAGGUCCAACAGUGGCGAAGCCGGCUUGGCAAUCCUAGGCUCACUUCAAAAUGGCAACACAGCUAUCACUACAAUAAUAGAAGAUAUUGCUGUAUCCAGCAACAGACUCAUCACAAUAGAAAACCGAGUUUGAAUUCGAGUCAUGUAACAAGUGGAAAUUUACAUAACUCAUUUCUGAGUAGUCCGCACAGAAACAGCAUAUCUACCCCUUAUUUGCAGAGCAACCAAAGUCCGCACAUCACUCAGAGUACGUUAAGGCCAGUUCACAUAGCAGAAAAACGACCCAGCUUACAGGAGAACAAUUUGGAGCAAUUGCAACGAACUUUACAACGUACGUACUCUGCACCAAGAGAUCAUUUUCUCGGUCAAUCGAGCAGCACAUUGGAGACGACUGAACCCGAAAUCAACUCCAGGCUCGAAUCUUUAUGCUUACGAAUGACUGAACAAGCUAUUGGGGGUUUCGGCGAGGCUUAAGUCUCAACCUGUUGUUAAAUUGGUAUCACAUGCAAGCUACUAAUAAUGCUGAACUUCUAGAUUUUGACACUAAGUUCCUUAUUACUUCAGUGUAAUAUUUGCUUACAAUCGUCGAACGAGAGUGACCACAGGGUGUUUAUAAAACGAUUCUUAUCGAACGCUGUUUCCAGUUUGGAUACAUAGCGAUUUAUUUUUUCACUUAUGAUCAUUAACAGUCUAUGAUGAUCAUAUAUACCAAUUUGUAAUGACACUCAGUAAAAUCAAAUUUAUAAACUGACAAAAUUUGGUAAACCCAAUGAUACUA